AUGCUCGGUCGACCCCAUCCACCGCUCGAGCCCAAGGCCGAGUACUUCCAGAUCGCUCAGUACACCUGCCUCUACAACGCCGACAAGCGCGCAGUCGACUGCCUGCCCUUUGUCCGCACCUUUAUGCAGCUCGGCCGCCAGUGCACCGAGGUGACCCCGACCGUCAACGCCGGUGGUCGUCUUCCUCGAGGCGGGCUCCUCGGCGUCCCCGCCGACGUCGAAGCUGCACAAACGGUGCCGGUCAAGGGCUCGCCUCCUCCCGGCAUGACCUGAGUCGUCCGGCGCCCUCUCUGAGCUCAACGCUCUCGACAUUCCGUACCUGAGUACUCGUCGCUCCUCUCGAGCCAUCUGCGACACCGCCGGCGGUCGUUGCCGGCCGUCGAGACGGUCGCGCGAGGCUGCGGCCCCACCUCGAACACCUUCGGCCGCCUCUCGCGGCCGCCAGCCGCUUUUGCUAGAGCUUGCGCGGCCUCUGUGUAGCUCUCUAGAUAGUCUGCAACUCGAGCAUGUAUUCUCCAG